AUGCCUCCAACACAGGAGAGAUGGAUGGUCUGGAACGGCAGCCCGCAUCACUACUGCCACGACAGAUCUCUAUUCUUCAACCUCGACGAAGACCUGUCAGCCGAUCGAACCAAGGAAUUCGUAGUGUUGGGGAAGGGCGACGUCGUGAUCCCCGUCACAGGAAGCGAGAGACUCACCGCCAUCCGUCUCAGGGAUGUCUUUUACUACAAAACCCACGAGCCCAGAAAUAUCAUCAACUUGAAGUCGUUGCAGAGCGACUAUCCCAAGUUGCGCCUCAGUCAGACGGUCAGGAUCGGGAUCUACGGCACGGCGAUCGAGCAUGCUGAUGAGCCGGGGAAGGCGCUGCUGAUUGUCGAUGAGUACGAUGCGGAGCGAUAG